AUGACCGCGUUCCUGCUGGGCCCCACCAGCUCCGCUGGCUGGUCAGCUGCUUCCUCUUGUAAGAAACCGCUUUUUUCCAGCUCCGUCAGGGCGCCGUUCUCGUCUUCUUUCUCGUCCAAGCGCGGCAAAGAGAGCCUUCGGGAACCUCUUUGCGUUCUCCGCCAUCGACGUCUUCCGGCGAGCGGCCUGCAGAGCUCACGGCUCCAUCGAGGGUGGCGGACGCCUACCUCCGUCGAAAAAGAAAACUCUUGUUUCGACGGUCGCACGCCUGGGUCUCCGUUUCCUGCUUCGCCGCCUGCGCGCGGUUCUUUCGCACCUUGCGACUCAGAUGCAUCUCCUCUUCGCCCGUCUACGAACACCCAAGUCGCUGAGUCCAGACAGUCGAUCGGGCUGCCUACUGGGGACAACGGCGCCAGAAGCUCUGAUGCAGCCAGCGUGUGCGGUCGGGCUCCGACGAGGGGGUUCCGUCGCUCGCUCUCUGUUUCCCGUGAUCGUUCGCCUCGCGUUCUCCCCAGCGCCGGCGUGCGAGCAGUCCUUGACUCUCCGUCGUCCCCCGUCGGAAACCCACGCCGGGGUUUGCAUGCCGUGUCCACCUCCUCUGUCUUCGCUUCCGGGUCUCGGUCUCUUUUCACUUUCACGGUGCGGCCUUUCGGCGAGCAACGCGCGCUCGACACUGUCGAAGGUUCCCUCCCCCGACAAGGCCAUGCCGUUUCGACCGCGGGGAUUUUCCGCGAGUUCACAGCCUCCUGCACCCAGGGGACUCUCGUCGCAGGCACGGCUCAAGUUGCGCCGUCCGGAAUGGCCUCUGCCGUUUUUUGUCGCCCGUUGCUUUUCCCCUGGUACUCACCCUUUGCCUUCUCGUCUAUUCCGCUGCUCAGUCGCUGUCUGGGCCGUGUGCCGUCCUCGGACGAGCAACGUCGUGCCUCGAUUCCGUCGUGUUUUCUCUCUCGGCUUGCUUCGUCACUCAGUUCCUUUCCGGAUCUGUUCUUCUCCGGCAAGUCUCGGUGGCGGAGCAACGAAGCAGGGAAAUCGACGGGCUCUGUGCGUCUCAACUCUGUUUGCUGUGAUUUGGACUGUGGGGGAACCCUCUCUCCCCCCUUUCCUGCGCCGAGGCUCUGGGAGACUGGAGAGAACUCUCUGAGCGGACUGCUCUGUGGCGGCCUCCUUCCGUCCCAGAUUUCCCGGCAGGACGGAAGUUGGAGCAGUUCCCGUCUCUGGCUACCCGAAGUCGGUGCCCGCAGUUCACUUCUUUCUGGGUGUCGCCGACACGGUUUUGCUCUCGCGCCGAGAAGCGCCGCAGACGCUGCAGCUGAACGCAAUCCCUGGCUGCGGCGAGGUCGUGCGGUGGAGGACGGGAGCGAGACGGCGGGGAGCGAGGCCAGUUCCCAGAGGCCGGGGGAGCGUGUGGGCGAGCAGGACGAACCAGUCCGGAUCUUCAGUGUCAAGACACUCAAGGAAUGGCUGGGGAAAUGGUGGAUUCAACUUUGGAAGGGGAACCGCUGGAAAGAACUGCUCUCGGGUGUUCGGACUGCGCUGGUGCACUUGUUUCCAGGCCCUCAAAGAAACAAAUGGAAGUGGUACCAUCGACACGGGUACUGGGCCACGAGGAAGAAACUGAUUGAUUUCACGAAAUACCGUCGACACGGGUUCUGGGAAGAUCCGUCGCAUCACAAACGCCUCAAGAAAUCGAUUCGAUUUUGGUGA